AUGGAUUUCUCCCCUCAGCUCGCAACUGGUGCUUGUGCUCUUCCUGCUCUCCUCCUUGCCUGGCGUCUAGGUGGCUCGUAUCUGGACAAACUCUUCACUCGCAAGUUUACAGUUCUUAAUGACCUUGAGAAUCUUGGCCCGCAACAUGCCAGGCCACAAGAGAAGAGAAUAAGAGGCACGGCGGUCAUCUGUGGUGGGAGCAUAGCUGGACUAUGGACUGCGCUUGUUGCUGCUGAUCACUUUGAGGACGUUCUCAUCGUAGAGCCUGAAGCUUGGGUCCUCACUGAAGAAGGUACAAGCAACACGUUCGACAAGGAUGGUGUCUAUGUGGAUAAAAGCAGGCAGAGCGCCCGUUCGCGAGUCAUGCAAUAUCAUGCAGACCAUGUUUUCCAACCCAUCGCCCUCGAUGCGCUGAGGAAGUUCUUCCCGAACGUAGAUGAUGAGAUUAGAAGCACUGAUGGAUGUAUAUGCAACAGGAUCUCCAAGUACGAUGUAAACGUCUACUGCCAUGGACGCAAGAUCAUGGACCUCCCUAAAGACGAGUACCCGGAUGGCAAAUACCCAGAAUGCUUCUUUAUGUCACGCGAAAUAUAUGAGCGUCUGCUCCGACGUCUUGUUCUGGGAUAUUCAAAUCGCAUUCGUACUAAAGUCGCGACCGCAACGGCACUAAACACUCUUCCUGGGGACCCGAUGACGAUUGCAUCAGUCACCGUUCGAUCUUCUGAUGGUCUAAUAGAAGAAAUCCCAGCUACUAUUGUUAUGGAUUGUACAGGCAGUACGCAAGCAGGCCUAAAGUGGCUUCUCCGCAUUGCGACCGACCCCACGAAUUCUCAAGUUCUUGAACGCCACAUCCCAUCAGGGGCACUAGCAUGGGAUGACGUGAAGAUUGAAUAUAAUACAGCUCAAAAGUAUAUCCGAUAUAGGUUCCAUGUUCCCCCGGAGGCUCGGGCACGUUUACCUAUCCCCGGUGGUUAUGAUAAUGUCCCAUGGAUGUACACGUACAUGCCAGUCCCCAAGAAAGAGAACAAGUUAUUUAUGAUUAACCGGAUUGAAGGUCACCGAAUUGAACUUGCCUUCGGCGGAUGGGGUGAACCACCGCUCCCGAUGGACGUCACGGAGAUCGCAGAUUGGUACAGAGGCUUUGAAGAUGAUCACCAUAAGGUGCCAGAUUGGUUCUUCCCGUUCCUCGAUAUCUUGAUGGAACAGAAGGAUACUUGUGAAGUCUCUACGGGAAGAUAUCCGAAUCUAUCUUGGAUUCGAUUCGAACAAGCACCAUACAUCCCGCACAAUUUCAUCGCAAUUGGGGAUUCAGUCAUGCGUCCUAAUCCCACUUUCGGCCAAGGAUGUUCAAAGUGUACCGUUGGUGCCGUCGCCCUUGAUGCAAUGCUGAAAUCCACGAAGUUCGCCGAGUCGACGAAGAUUCCUCCGAACUUUGGACGCGAUUUCUUUAUUAUGCACAAGGAUAAGAUUCAAGGCAUUUGGGAUGGCACGAAACCGACAGACUAUUCAUGGGACACUACCACUCCCGUAAAGGGUGAGAAGAACAGCGACGAAUGGUUAAUGGGUGGUGUUGGCAAUAUCGUUAUGGAACUAGCGGGUAUGGACAAGGAGAUCGAUAACGCUCUUUACAAAGUUCGCUUCUUUAUGGCACCGCCGACUGCGUUGAUGACACCAUAUUUGCUGUCAAAGGUGCUCCUCUUUACUAUUCGCAAAAAACUUGGCGUGAUUCAGUCAUGA